GAAAACAUGGCGUCUGCCCUGGAACAGUUUGUGAACAGUGUCCGACAGCUCUCAGCUCAAGGGCAAAUGACACAGCUUUGUGAACUGAUCAACAAGAGUGGGGAACUCCUUGCAAAGAACUUAUCCCAUCUGGACACUGUGCUUGGGGCUCUGGAUGUACAAGAACACUCCUUGGGCGUCCUUGCUGUUUUGUUUGUGAAGUUUUCUAUGCCCAGUGUUCCUGACUUCGAAACAUUAUUCUCACAGGUUCAGCUGUUCAUCAGUACUUGUAAUGGGGAGCACAUUCGAUAUGCAACAGACACUUUUGCUGGACUUUGCCAUCAGCUAACAAAUGCACUUGUGGAAAGAAAACAGCCCCUGCGAGGAAUUGGCAUCCUUAAGCAAGCCAUAGACAAGAUGCAGAUGAACACAAACCAGCUGACCUCAAUCCAUGCUGACCUCUGCCAGCUUUGUUUGCUGGCCAAAUGCUUUAAGCCUGCUCUGCUGUAUCUUGAUGUGGACAUGAUGGACAUCUGUAAAGAGAAUGGAGUCUAUGAUGCGAAGCACUUUUUAUGUUACUACUAUUAUGGGGGGAUGAUCUAUACUGGGCUGAAGAACUUCGAAAGAGCACUCUACUUUUAUGAACAGCCUCUUAGCAAUGCAUACCAUGAGUUAGCACAAGUUUAUUCAACCAAUAACCCUUCAGAGCUUCGAAACUUGGUGAACAAGCACAGUGAAACUUUCACUCGUGAUAACAACAUGGGACUGGUGAAGCAAUGCUUGUCAUCUCUUUAUAAGAAGAAUAUUCAGAGGCUAACAAAGACUUUUUUAACUCUAUCAUUACAAGAUAUGGCAAGUCGUGUGCAGUUAUCUGGACCUCAAGAGGCAGAAAAAUACGUUCUGCACAUGAUAGAAGAUGGCGAGAUUUUUGCAAGUAUUACAAAGGAUGGUAUGGUCAGUUUUCAUGAUAACCCUGAAAAAUAUAAUAACCCAGCUAUGCUUCAUAACAUUGAUCAGGAGAUGCUGAAGUGCAUAGAGCUGGAUGAGCGGCUGAAGGCCAUGGACCAGGAGAUCACAGUGAACCCUCAGUUUGUGCAAAAGAGUAUGGGCUUGCAAGAAGAUGAUUCAGGAAACAAACCAUCCAGUUACUCCUGAAACUGACAUCUAUCUUGAGUUAAGCAAGAGAAACUAUCACCUUGGCCGGUGGCAAGUGUUAGGAGGGCAGCAGGGAAGACCAUGCCUAUAUCACCUGGACACCAAUAAAUAAAGUUUUGUUUUGACAUCGUCAGUCCUAUGUGCUUUCAGAAAACCAUUUUCUCUGCAAAGAAGGAAAAAAAAAAUUCAAACUUUAAA